AUGGCGUCUCCUCAUCAGCAGUUCCCCCUCCCCACUCCCCGCGACCUUUCCACAACAAUUGCCUCCUCAACUCGUUACCUGGAAGAACUUGCUGCCUCUCAGCAGCAACAACAAUCCAACUUCAAUUCGCAAUCCGACGCCUCCUCGGUCUCCACCACAUCAACCUUCUCAAGCCGUCUGAGCAUCCUCAAGGAGCGCUUCACAUCUUCAGGAGGGAAGAAGGUUGGCAGUUCCAAUUUCAGUUCUUCCGCGUCUGAUCGUCAGAGGGUUGAGAUCAAUGGCAAGGAGGUUUUGAGGAGCCAGAUUCGGAUUGGGAUCUAA